UCUUCAACGGUCACAGGCAUCUUGUUUAACACGUUCAACACUUUCUUUCUUCUUCUCUUUUCCACCAAAAGAACGGACCAAGUCAGCCUGAUCACAAGGCUGCAUGAUGGUCAGGUGAUGUUGCUGUAGAUGGAUAUUAAUGGAUACUAGCCUUCAUUCGGCAUUAGGAAUAUCCUACGACUUUGAGAACAAUAUGCCCAUACCAGAAGAAAUCAAAUCACAACCAUACAAGUUUAACCCUGUAACACCUGAUGUAUCACCUCCWCMACCACCAGGCAGAAUGUCGCAGUUMWCUACACCAAGAAACCAACAGAAUUUUUUAGAUUCAAGAGCUUUAGGUGACAUCAGCAAUGUGACAAGCAUGGAUAUCCAUGAAAUGGAAAAUGUUCGCAAUCAUUUACAGAAUAUGCUAAAGACCUCAAAAGAUUUGAAUAUUGAUGGGGAUUAUGAAACAAGUGUUCAUACAGGAUCAGCUGAUCAGGAAGAUGUGCCAAGAGAUGGGGCUGAAAAUCAUUCCAUGACUAGUGUCGAUACUGCUGCUUUCUUGCAGAAGAUGUUGCCCAAUUCAUCACCUCUUGAAGAACUAAAAGUUCACUUUGAAUUUGGUGAUCAAUCAAGAGGAGCACAUGCAAAAGAUGACACUUCACAGACACCUCACAGCAGCAUACAACAUGCAUCUGAUGUUCGAAAACAAGUUGCACAUCCCCAACACCCAACAUCAGGUGCUAACAGAAGCUUGAUGUCGGAGAAUACGCUCCUGAGGGAACAUCUUGAUAGAGAGAGGUUUAGAAGGAAGCAUUGCGAGCAGCAGAUUCAAGAAUUACAUACAAAGUUACUUGAGAUUCAGCAAGAGUUGGCUGUUUCAGUAUCAUCAGAAAGAAAAAAGGAUGUGAUGAUAGAACAACUUGACAAGACAUUAGCUAAAGUAGUUGAGGGAUGGAAAAGACAUGAGCAAGAAAAAUUGAUUAUGAUCAGCACAUUAAAACAAGAGAGAGAGGUGCAGGAACAGUCUCACAAGAAGCAGCAAGAGAUUCUGCUUCAGUUUGAGAAAGAGUUGGCACAAGCAGUGGAAGCCUUGACCAAAGAACAGGAAAGGGCAACUGAGGCAGAGAGAGAAAAACAAUUAGUGAUUGAAAAACAAAAAGAAGAAAGAGAGCAACUGCUCCAGGUCUUCACAAAGGAGAAAAACAAGGUUAAACAGAUGGACGAAGAAAAGAUGGCCAUUAUAAAGGAAAAAGAACAGGCGCAACAAAAAUAUAUGGAAGCACAAAAAACAAUCAAUGAGCUUUCAGAAAAAAAUAGCAAAGUACAAUCAGAGUUGAAAUAUCUAGAAGAAAGAUUUUCAAGCUCUUUAAGUGAGGAAAAGAAAAGACUUCAAGAAGAAAGAAAAGUAGUAAAGGACUCCAAAGAUGCCAUGUCAGCACUGCAGAAGGACAUUCAAAGACUUGAGAUGGAUCUUGAUACAACAGUUAGAGAAAAGGAGAGUUUGAAAAUGGAGAUGAGUCUCAUGCAAGCAAGAUAUGAAGCAAGUAAGGCUAAAGAGGAGAAUGAAAGACAAGCAGAGUUAGAAAGACAGGUUACACAGAAACUAGAAGAACUUCAGAAACAAAUGACGAAAUCAGAAAAAGAAUUGAGAGACAAUCAUAGACAGCAGAUUCAAGAGGUAAAUAACAAACACAAGGAAGAGAUGAGACAACAACUAGAAAAAUUUCAUGAGGAAAUAAAAAAGAAAGAUAUCAAACUUAAAACAGCUGCAACAGAAUAUGAAGAGAGGCUGACGGAUGCUCAAGAUAAGAUAGCAGCACUUUCCAACCAACGACAGCAACUGGAAAACCAAAGGCAAAAUCUUACCAUUCGUAUGCAUCAAAUGAUGCAAGCUCAUUGUGAUGAAGCUCUUCGUCUCUUGACAGCAAACAAGUCUCCAGCAAAGGCAGAUACUAAGGUUGACCCCAUGUUCAAGGCAAGUAUCCAAGGAGGAACUUCAAAAUGGCAAUCCCAAGCACAGUCUCCCCCCUCAGUCUUCACUAACCCAAUAAACAAGUACCCAGCAACAGAUACCAGCAGCUCUUACCAACACUAUACCACAACCCACAUUACUCAACCCAUCACAGACUAUAGCUCUAGGCACAAGGAUCCCAAGAUGAACCAAUACCCCGCUCAUGGUGGGCCAACUAAACACAGGGUGCCCAGUACCAAUUACCACUCCACUGAAGACAUGUCAACUGUCAUAAAUCAACAGCAUACACAGCAGUUCCUACACAGUGAUCCAAAACACUAUUCCCCUGUGACAACAUCAAUAACAGCACCUUGUUCCCCUGGUUACCAGGUUAAUAAAGGGUCAUAUCCAGAGAGUAUUAUGUUCUCAGGUAGUUACCUUGAGGGUGGGGUAGGUGUUGAUGGUGGGACAGAAGUCACUACGUCAGGACUUGAUUUUGUACCCUUGAAGGCUGUUCAAGAUGAUCAUGAUACAGAUAGUGUAAUAAGUGGUCUCCAUGAGUCUCCUGGCUCAGGUCAUGGUACUUAUGGUGGCAGCACUUUCCAAGAUAUGGGCUAUCAACAGAAGGUAAUAUCAAGUGGUGGUAGUAAUGGUACACUACUAGAGCAAGACCUGGAUGAAAGUCGGUUGACAGUUACCUCACCUGAGAUUUUACAGAAAAAACGGCAUGACAUUUCAGUAAAGCUCCAAGAACAAGAACAGCGCCAAGCAGAACUAAAUCACUAUGUUAACAUGCUUUUGAAGAGAUCACCAGGUCAUCCAGUAGGUGAGGAUAUAGAGAUUUUAUCAUCUGGACUCAUGGCUAUCCCAAGUUCUGUUCAAGGGCUUGAUGAUUUUUCCCCUUUCAAAACCAAUGGCCCUGAUUAUGGCUAUUCAACCCAGUCCCAGAGCAUGGUCAUGGUUGGGUCUCAUUCUGUAACCAAGGAUCAUUCACAGCAAUCUCAAAAUACUGUACCAGCUUUUAACAAGACAACAGUCCCUGUGGCAUUUAAUGUAAAACAGAUGCAAUCACAGCAGCAUCAGGGCCCCCAAUACAGACAUCCAAUAUCACAUCCUCAGUCUCCACCCAGAAGAGACAGGAAUCCCAUCAACCAGGACACCAGCAAACAACCACCUCUUUCCCCCAAACAAAUGAAACAGUUGUCCAAACUGCUAUCUUUAAUGGCAGAGAGCCAGCCAGGAAUAGAAGUACCCAGUACGGAACAACUUUUUGGUGUCUUAAAAGAAAUGCAAAAUGGAAGCAUAUCUAGUGGAAUCCAGCCAAAAAUUGCAAGAGAUACUUCUGGUAUUAGUACAACAAAUACGGGUAAACAAGCAAAUGUCAGCAGGGUAAAACGAAACCUAGACACAAGUUAUCCAUCGUCAGGGAAACCGAAAAUCCAAGGAGUAACACAAAGUAGUCAUCCAAGCCAUCCGCAUGUUMAUACAAACCCAACGAAAACAAAUGACCAUCAAAAAAAGAGGCCCCCUUCUAUUGAUGGUGAGCCAACCCAAAGAUCAGGAGCUGAUCCAGAUGUUCCUAGACACCAGGCUCCCACCAAAGCAAGCAGCAGGCAAGCUGCCCCACCAAAGGUGGACAAAAAAACUGCUCCACCUCCUGGGGUAAAGCAGACUAAACCUUUGACAGCAUGGAGAUAGUAAUAAGCCUACUAGUGCUUCACAAGACUUUUUAGUUGUGUGUAACAUUCUGUAUUUAUGAUGGAAAAUCAUGAGAUCUACGGCAGUAUUGAAAUGYUAACAUCCAUUCCACAGUUAAUAUUAAUAAUGACGGUAUAACACAGUACCGUAACAGCBUCACCGUAACCUCACAACACAUUCUUACUAUGCAUUUAUUUCCUUCGUCCAAAUCUUCUCCCUUAUCUCAACGCAAAGUGUAAAUAUCAUAUUAAUGGUUGACUGUUUUGGACAGUGGACUAAAAAAAUGAAGACAGCUCUACAAGAUGUUUGUUACAUAACCAGUUUAAUAUCCAACUGUACAUAGCCUGUCAACACAUACAGCAUUCAAAACCUUACACACAAGACUUGCUUAUAUCCUAAAUACUCAUAAUAAUAUCCAUUUUCCAUAAAAAAAACAAAAGACUCAUUAGCUAGGCAAAGUUCCCGAAUCAACCAUUUGGUUAGAACUGUGUGACCAACAACAUGUGUGUCUCCAACAACAUUCAUACAAAUUUAGAGAAAAAAAUUAACUAGAGCUCUAUAUAUAUUUUAUUGUCUUAUAUGACUAUACAUGCUUUGGAAACAACUAAAGUAAUAAAGUAUCCUGGUAGUGCCAAAAA